AUGAAAAUUAUCUUUCAAGGCGUUGAUCCAUCAAAAUUGCAGAGCCAUACGCUUACGAUAGCACCCAACACACAGGUAAACAACAUACCUACGCUUAUAGGGUAUCUUAAUGCUUAUCAUGAUACACAAGCCUUCUUCAAGGAUAAUGUGCUACCGCCUGGUAUGAUGUGCAUUAUUAAUGGUGUUGAUUCGUGUUGUGGGGAUGGAUGUGUUAGUGCAGGUGAUGAGAUUGUGUUUAUUAAUUCUUUGCACGGCGGGUGAUAUGAAUGGGGUGAAGUGGUGGCGAAGUGGUAGAGUGGUGGUGAAGUGGUGAAUUGGUAGAGUGGUGAAUUGG